AUGUUUUUCGGUGGUGGUGGAACGCACAACCGCAACAGCAGCAACACGAACACGACGACGAGCGCCACGACGACGACGACGAACAAAGGAGGAGGAGGAGGAGGAGAAAAAGUCGUCGUCCCGAGAACGUUUAAGCUUUUGGAAGAACUGGAAGCCGGGGAGAAAGGGACCGGGGUGAACUCGCACCAUUGCUCGCUCGGGUUAGCGGACGACGAUGACAACGACGACUUGCGAUAUUGGAACGGUACCAUCUUAGGCCCGAUGCAAUCGUCUUACGAAAAUCGCAUCUACUCUUUACGCAUAGAAGCCGGGGAAGGGUACCCGAUGCAACCGCCGACGGUGACAUUCAUAACGAAAAUUAACUUACCGUCGUGCGUGGAUGGGCGAACAGGGAAAGUUGAUUUAGGAAAGAUUGGGGUGACGAGAGGGUGGACGCCGCAGAAUUCGAUUAGCGACGUGUUGGGGGCGAUAUUCCACGCCAUGGCGAGGUCGGAGAACAGAAAGUUACCGCAACCAGAGGAAGGAACGGAGUUUUGA